CUCACAACUCCGAAUUUCCCUGUAGUGGUCAAGCUGGGACAUGCUCAUGCUGGAAUGGGGAAGGUCAAAGUUGAGAACCAGCAUGACUUCCGGGACAUGGCCAGCAUAGUAGCCAUGGCACAAACCUAUGCCACCACCGAGCCGUUCAUCGACUCCAAGUAUGACAUUCGAAUCCAGAAAAUCGGCAGCAACUACAAGGCUUACAUGAGGACGUCCAUCUCUGGAAACUGGAAGGCAAACACAGGUUCUGCGAUGCUAGAACAGAUUGCAAUGACAGAGAGGUACAGACUCUGGGCUGAUGCCUGCGCGGAAAUGUUUGGAGGUCUUGACAUCUGCGCUGUCAAAGCCGUCCACAGCAAAGAUGGAAAAGACUAUAUCAUUGAG